GCACGCCAACAGACUGUCACUUGUAACGAUCGAAGAGUGGUUGAACAUCGAGGAGAGGUCGUGGAGGAUUUUACCAUCUUGCCACCAUCGCCGUUCGCCAAAUUACACCAUGGCUGAUACCGAAAAGGCGCCGCAGCCGCAGCCCCAACAGCAGCAGCAGCAACCAGAACAGCAAACCCAGCCGCAACAACCUAAAUCGGCUAAACAAAAGCAGGUCAUCGCUGAAAAGGUUUCGGGCACAGUGAAAUGGUUUAACGUGAAGAGUGGAUAUGGUUUCAUCAACAGGAAUGACACUAAGGAGGAUGUGUUUGUUCACCAAACUGCGAUCGCCCGGAACAACCCACGCAAGGCUGUGCGCUCGGUCGGCGACGGAGAGGCGGUUGAGUUUGCCGUGGUCGCCGGGGAGAAAGGCUACGAAGCAGCCGGAGUUACUGGCCCCGGCGGCGAGCCGGUGAAGGGCUCGCCGUAUGCAGCUGACAAGCGCCGCGGCUUCCAACGCCAAUACUACCCCCGUCAAGGCGGCGGACGUGGCGGUGAAGGCGGCGCUCCACGCAGGGGCCGCAUGCCCCGCCGCGGGCCCCCGCCCAGCCAGGGGGGCGCGCAAGGUGACGAGGGACAGGAGGCGGCCGGCGCACCGCCUCAGCGGAGCUACUUCCGUCGCAAUUUCCGCGGCGGGCGCCGGGGCGGCGGGCCGGGGCCCAUGAACCGCGGCGGGUACCGCAUGCGUCCGCGCAACCAGCCCCCGGGCCAGGCGCCGGCCCCCGGCCAGCCGCAGGCCCGGCAGAACGGACAAGAGGGCGAGGCUCCUGCCACCACGUCCUCCCCGCAGCCAACCCAACAGGCCAAGCCUAAGACCAACAAGCCCACUGGCACCACCAUUGAAACCACCACCAAUGAGAGCCAGGCCUAAACAUCGGGCAAUGCGUGGCACAUUCUUAUGUAGUGCAUGUUAAUUCUAGCUGUGCCACGUCAUCACAACUUCGUCUUGUCUGUUCAACUGAUGAGUGUUCCGUUUCCAUGUUGUUGCAGACGAUAAGAGAUCUUGAAAUUAGGAAUCGUUUCUUUUAUCUUGUCCGAAUUGUAUCAUGGGGAGCUACAAAUGGAACUGCAGAGGUAUCAUGGAUCAAAGAUGUGAUAUUUUUAAUUAUUAUUAAAUUAAUAUAUUGUAUUAUUUAAUAUUUCUACUUGCAAUGUUUUGGUUUUAUACCAUUAGAUUGUGUAAAAAUAUUUUGGAGCAGAUUAAAAAUAUAAUAUCAAGUUUGGUAUACCUUUAUGGAAAUCGUUCGCCUUAAAAAUAUCGCGAUUGUAUUGGUAAGUGUCAGAAUCUCUGGACCAAUAGAGAUAUUUGAUGUUUAGUAAAUACCAGGUCCAAAGGUUCUGGCUCUUAUUAUAUUGUGCAAUUAAUAUAUAUAAAUAUAUAUAUUGGUAGUUAUUGAGAAAUGAUACGCAGGUUCCAAUGCCCCAAGAGAAUCAUGUCUUUAAAACUGUUUUAUUUUUGUUAAAAUUGUACAGUCGCGUGAUAUAACCAAAAGUUUUUAAUUUGCAUAAUAUGAAAUUAUUAGUUCUGUAACUUAAGACACUCUCAGAAAAGUAAUAAACUUCUUUUUACCUGUGUGAAA